AUGGACUGGAACGGCGGUUAUUUGCCAAUUUUGAGCUUUGUUUCUUUUUGCCUCCUGACGCAGAAUACUUCUAUUUUCUCACGCUACGCUCUUACCUUUUGGUCAGUUAUCAUCCUGUGUUUUUCCAAGGAGAUUUCGUAUCACAUCUUACCCCUUGCGCUUCGGUUUCGCAUGUGGCUUGAUGCUGCCAGGCAAAAACGGUAUCGCGUCCGGUAG